GGAAUAGUGGGGAAAAUGAAUAGCUAUAAGGAUCAAAACUACGUGUAGGAGAAGCAUAAAGGCGAUAUGACAGGGAAGAAAAGCACGAGAUCGCACAAUUGAUUCAGAACACUCGGGAAAGUCUAUCAGAUUUAACAAGAGCUGCCAUGGGGUCCGAAUACAAGUUUCCAGCUUUCGAUGAGCUGCCAAAGGUCGAAGGCAUGCCUCAGGGCUCGAUAUGGGGCUUCUUCGACAAAGAUGGCAAAAAGGAUGAAGUCGGAUCCGUCAACCUCCUAACCGCCGCCGUCGUACAAUCCGCCGCCAAAGAAAUCCACACCGGCGAGCACAUCCAGCUCGACUGGCCGCUGCACAACGUCCAGUUCCCCGGCUUCAGCCGCAAGGAGUUCCACCAGAAGAAAAUCAACUUCUCGGACUUUACCGACUGGAAGGCCAUGGACGACGAGGUCUACAUCAACACCCAGUCCGGCUCCCAGUGGGACAGCCUCAAGCACUUCGCCCACCAGGCGAGCGGAUGCUACUACAACGGCCUGACGCACGCGGAAGCCACCCACUCGGACCGCAACGGCACGCACAACUGGUGCGAGCGCGGCGGCAUCGUCGGCCGCGGCGUGCUGUGCGACUGGGUGACCUGGUACGAGCAGCACCACGGCGCCCCGCCGCUCGCCGUCUCGCGCCACGAAAUCACCAUCUCGGAAAUCGCCGCCACGCUCGCCUGGCAGGGCACCUCGCUGCUGCAAGGCGACAUCCUGAUGAUCCGCAGCGGCUACGUGCGGUGGCACAACGAGGCCAGCGAAGACGAGCGCAAGUCAGGAACGCGCGACCACAGCGUGGCGAUCGGGGUGCAGGCGAGCGAGGAGACGGUGCGGUGGCUGUACGAUCGGCAUCUUGCGGCGCUGGUGGGCGACACGGUGGCGUUUGAGGCGUGGCCGCCCAAGUUCACGGAUGGGUGGUGUUUGCACGAGUGGAUUCUUGUGCAUUGGGGGAUGCCGAUUGGAGAGAUGUGGGAUCUGGAGAAGUUGAGUGAGAAGUGCAAGGAAAUGAAGCGAUACACGUUCUUCCUCACGAGCGCUCCGCUGCAUGUAAAGGGGGGUAUUGGAAGCCCGCCAGGUGCAAUUGCUAUCUUUUAGGGGAUUUGCAUUUUAUUACAUCUUUGAAUCUGCUAGCUCCUCCCCAUCUGGCCGACUGCUUGACUGUGCUACUCCUUUGUUAGUCGUUGGUGUGUCAUGUUCCAUAAAGCCUCAUGGUAGUAUUGGUCGAACGAGCCCAGGAGCGAGACAUUUAGUCAGAAUCUACAAUUACAAAGUAGUCUGAACUUGAGACAUGACAAUC